AUGCCCUCGUCAGCUCUAGCACCGUUGCAGGGCUGGCAGUAUGCUGACUCCUCGCGGUCAUCAUGGGACAUAUUGUGGUCUUGUCUCACUACAAUGUUUGCCUGCACGUGGACGGCUCUGCACUUGGGAGUCCCUCGAGGCCACGCCUCGGUUGGGAGAAUAUUUAGCAAGAAAGUGUUGUACUGGUUUCUGACCGUUUUGUACCCCGAGCUGCUAUUGAUCACCCCAGCAGCCGAUGACUAUUUGAAGGCAAAAAUGACACUGGCACGUUUCAAAGCCGGGCAGGCAGAAUUUGAUAGAAGAAGCGAGAGAUCACCAAACGAAGCGCUAUCACGACCAUCAUCUAGCGAAGGUGAAGAGGCUACUUCAAAACCUGCCAAAUGGACGAUGGUCCACGGGUUCUGCGUCAACAUGCGAGGCCUCGCUUUGCGCACGACUGACAGCCACAUCUACACGGUCCAAUCCAAGCACGUUGAGACCCUCGUCAAAUGCGGAAUAAUUAAAUACCCGCUAUUCAGCGAGCGCGAUAUCCAAGAUCGCUCAAAGGCAGACUCACUCGCAAAGGUGGUCAGUCUAAUACAGAGUACCUGGACCGUUGUAAACGUUGUAUCUAGAGCAGGGUACCAUUUCCCCAUUACGCUGCUUGAAAUUGCAACAAUGGCUUUCAUUCUUUGUGCUUAUAGCUCUUAUGCACUUUGGUGGAACAAGCCCAAAGAUAUGAAUGCACCGAUUAUCAUCCAUCUACCAUACCGGCAACACAGUGAUGAAAUGGCGCCAGAGCUUCGGAGUCUACUAGACGAGAAGAGAGAGGAAUGGAUUCAAUACAAACCCUCGGAAGCAGAGAAAGAAUCUUGGGUGGUGUGGAGGUUACUUGUUAUGACAUGCAAGAACCCGAUUCAGACUAUACAUACCUUCAAAGAUCGAAUGGGUAGCUUCUCGGAACAGAAACCAGAGGACCACGUAGGGGAUCUACGGCCUGAAGAUGUACCUCCCCGAGAAAUAUUUUCAAUUUCAGAAGAGAUUUUGAGCAACUUUAUCAUCUUUUUUGUCUCAUUGGGAUUUUCUGCCAUUCAUAUUGCUGCGUAA